AAAUGAAAAUAGAUAAGAAAUACAAUCUAAUAUUAUUGAAUUGGAAAGUCUACAUAAAAUAAGUAUAAUAUUUUUUUGGUAUAAUUAUUUUCCUUAAUAGUCAUUUUAUAGUGAUUUAGAGGUCCCAAUAAAAACUCUCUUCUUAUUGCAAAAGAGAUAAAUCCACGAUUUCACAAGAUUCUUAAAAAUUAUCAAGGCUAAUCAGUAAGGGCAAAUAUGAUAAUAAAAUUAAGGCUUUUAAUUUGGCCAAGAACAAAAUCACCAACAAAGCAGAAUAUGUAAUAAUUUGUAUGAACAUAACCUUCUUUUAGGUGAUAAUUAGUUCAUAGCUAUAUAUGGAUACUUUCUUAUCGCACCAGAGCUAAAUCUAAGGAUUCACAACAUUCGUAGAAAUUAUCAAGGAUAAUCUGGAACUUCAUACAUGAUGGAAUGGACAAAAUGAAUUUGAAUUGUUAUUAAGGACAAAAAAUCAUUAUUAGGUUAAUUGCAAUGCCAAAAAUGCAUCAUCAAUUGAAGGAAAUAAAAUCUGGAUGCAUAAUGGAGAUGUGCUACUGCGUUAUUAAUCUCAGUAUAAAGCACUCUUCAGUAGCAAUGUUUUAGAGCAUAAAAAAACAAUGGCUAAGCAUGGAGCUAUCCUAUUUUCUUAUGUUUUCCCCAGUCUUAUACUUACCUUGAACUUCUUCCUGUGCAAAGCCAUUGAUGAAAACAGAAAGGUCCAUAUUGUGUACCUGGGUUCACUUCCUGAUAAUGAGGUGUACUCACCAUUGUCUCACCACCUUGGUCUACUUGAAAAAGUUGUCGAGAGCAACUCCGCUACAAAUUUCUUGACAAGAAGUUACAAAAGGAGUUUCAAUGGAUUUGCUGCAAAGCUCACUGACCGCGAAAGGGAAAGGCUUGCUAACAUGAAGGAAGUAGUCUCUGUCUUUCCGAACAGAAUUCUCCAUCCUCAUACAACAAGAUCUUGGGACUUUAUCGGUUUCAAUGAGAAAACCAAACGGAAUGCUAGUGUUGAGAGUGAUACCAUUAUUGGUGUCAUUGACUCUGGAAUCUGGCCUGAAUCAGAGAGCUUUAAAGAUGAUGGUUUUGGUCCUCCUCCCAAGAAGUGGAAAGGUGCUUGUGAAGGUGGCAAAAAUUUCACUUGCAACAAGAAGCUGAUUGGAGCUCGGUUUUAUGCUCCGUACUUAAAGGAUGCAAGGGAUCAAAUAGGCCAUGGAACCCACACAGCCUCAACUGCAGCAGGAAACGUUGUAAAGGAUGUGAGCUUUUACGGACUGGCACAAGGUACUGCAAGAGGAGGGGUUCCCUCAGCCAGAAUUGCUGCGUAUAAAGUCUGUGAUGCUUUUGGGUGUCCUACAGAGAAUAUCUUGGCUGCUUUUGACGAUGCUAUUGCCGAUGGAGUUGAUAUCAUUACAAUUUCAAUAGGAAAUGUGCAAGCAGCUUUAUUACAGCAUGAUCCUAUUGCUAUUGGUGCUUUUCAUGCAAUGACAAAGGGGAUACUUACAUCAAAUUCUGCAGGCAACACUGGUCCUGAUGAUUCAAGUGUUGUAAGUGUAGCACCAUGGAUACUUGCAGUUGCAGCAAGUAGUACUGAUCGUAGAAUCAUUGACAACGUUGUUCUAGAAAAUGGGACGACAUUGGUUGGGGCUACAGUGAACACUUUCACAUUAAAUGGGAGAAGUUUUCCAUUGAUAUAUGGAAAAGAUGCUUCAAGUCAAUGCUCCGAGUCCAAAGCUGAGAGUUGUACAGAAGGCUGCUUAGACAGUGAUUUAGUUAAGGGAAAGGUUGUGUUAUGUGAUGAGCCUUUCGGAGUUUAUGAAGCCAAUAGUUCUGGAGCAGUAGGCUCGAUUCUGAGAUUUGAUUGGGAUGAUGUUUCUCCAAUUGUACCCUUUCCUGCAACAGGUUUCACCUACGAAGAGCAUAGUCUGAUCAAGUUGUACAUGAACUCCACGAAAGAUGCUCGAGUAAACAUAUUAAAAAGUGAAGUCAAAAGGGAUACCACUGCACCUGUUGUUGCUUCCUUCUCUUCACGUGGACCAAAUUCAAUUCUACCAGAAAUUAUCAAGCCAGAUAUAAGCGCCCCAGGUGUAACUAUUUUGGCUGCCUUUUCACCUGCUGGUGUACUUACAAGGAGUCUUGAAGACACAAGGCAUGUAAAUUAUAGUAUAUUAUCUGGAACCUCCAUGUCCUGCCCUCACGCGGCCGGUGCUGCUGCAUAUGUUAAAGAAUUCCAUCCUGAUUGGUCUCCAGCAGCCAUCAAAUCAUCUCUUAUGACUACAGCUAUUCCUAUGAAUGUUACUGACAAUAGCAGAGCCGCUGGUGAAUUUGCAUAUGGAUCCGGACAUAUCAAUCCUGUUAAAGCUAUAGACCCAGGGCUUGUGUAUGAAGCUUCUAAGGAAGACUACAUCAAGUUGCUCUGCUUGGUCUUAAACCAGACCGAUGUUAGACUUAUAUCAGGAGAUAACAACACUUGCUCUACAGGCCCCGACAAAGGAUCUUUACAAGAUCACAAUUACCCUUCACUAGCAGCCGUUGUCGUACCAAACAAAUCCUUUUCGUUAAAUUUUCACAGAACAGUGAAGAAUGUUGGCCUUGCAAACUCCACUUACAAUGCUACAGUAUUCGCCAACUCUACUGAAGUUGACAUCAAAGUGGUGCCUCAAGUUCUUUCCUUCAAGUCAUUGGAAGAGGAGAAGACCUUUAAUGUGACCGUUGCUGGAAAAGGUUUGUCCAAUGAAGCACAAUCACAUGUGUCUGCAUCGUUGGUGUGGUCUGAUGGAAUUCAUAGCGUUAGAAGUCCAAUUGUUAUCUACAAAAAACUAUAAAUCCUAACAUUACUGCAAAAUAAAAUAAAAAUUCUGUAGGUGCUUGACACACAAAUGAGUUAAGUCGUUGUAAUAAAACAAAUGCU